GACGCCUUUCAUUUUUUCACUCUUCUAUUGCCGGCUGCGCAAAUCAGCUCCUGGCACAGCUGCCCAUUGUGACACCCAAUCUCCGGUGCACUGUUGGGGUUGUCUACGACGACUCACACAACACACACCCCUACGCGUUUGCACGUCUUACAUGUCAUCACGAGCGGCGCAGUCUCUCGGGCCGUUGCUGCGCUAUCUUCCCUACCAGAAUUUCAACAAGGUGCAGGAGGCUGUGAUUCCCGCACUCUUCACAAAUGACCGCAACUGCCUCAUCGCGGCCCCCACCGGGAGCGGCAAGACGGCGCUGCUGGAGGUGGCCAUGCUGCGACUGUUUCGCCAUCGCCUUCUCAGCAGCGCUGCAGCUGAUUGCAACGUGGCGGCACAGGACGAACGCGCCCACAGAAACCCAAAGCACAAGGCGGUGUACAUCUGCCCCAUCAAGGCGCUCGCAAACGAAAAGUACGAGCACUGGCGCACGCAGUUUCCCUCGCUCUCUGUUGUCAUCGAAACGGGUGACCAGAUGCAGCAACGCGAAAUGCGGCACAAAGGCGCCUCCGACGACAGUAGUACCGCCGAGCCGCCCACGUCAACCGCAGAGGACAUGUCGACCGUGUCUCAGGCAAACAUUCUCGUCACUACCCCCGAGCGGUGGGACAGCAUCACGCGUCGGUGGAAGGAGAAGGAGGUGAUGGCCAUCGUCAACUCGGUAGGGCUGCUCCUGUUAGAUGAGGUGCACACGGUGCAGGAGGAACGGGGGGCUGCCAUGGAGGCGAUUGUGAGCCGCGUCAAGGCCAUCCAAGCCGCCACCGCGCACGACGCCGUGAAUUGCGCCGCGACGCGAAUCGUUGCGAUCAGCGGGACUCUUCCGAACAUUGGCGACAUGGCAGAGUGGCUGGAAGUGAGCCCAGAAAUGACCUUCGCCUUUUCCGCUGCGGAUCGCCCGGUGCCGCUCACCAUCAAAGUCGUCAGCUACGCCCACGACUCCGCGAACCCCUUUGCCUUCCACCGCUUUCUCUCCUUUAAGCUCUUCUCGCUGGUUCAGCAGUUCAGUGAGGGAAUGCCGACGUUGGUAUUCUGCACGUCGCGGAAGGAGGUGACGAGCACGGCGCUGCAGCUGAUCGAGGACAUCCGCGGUGCCGCGACACGACGCGGACAGCUGGCGCAGCUACAGCCUUCCGAGGAGACGCACCGACUUGCUGAGCAGGCCUCCGACAAGCAGUUGCGCAGCUGCCUGCUCAGCGGUGUCGGCUUCCACCAUGCCGCCAUGACUACUGACGACCGCCUCUUGGUUGAGCGCAUGUUUCGCGAGCAGUAUAUUGUGGUGGUCUGCUCCACCACCACCUUGGCUCUGGGCGUGAACUUGCCCGCCCAUUUGGUGGUCAUCAAGGGCACCACGUUCUUCGCCACCGGUCAGUGCCAGGACAUGUCGGUCUCGGAGGUGAUGCAGAUGUGUGGGCGUGCUGGUCGGCCUGGCUUGGAUGCGCACGGUGUCGCGCUCGUGCUCACGACGCAGCGCAAGGCGCACAUCUACGACACCCUCCGCAACGGUGCCGUUACGCUGACCUGUGUGGAGAGCCACCUGCACCGGCACAUGGUCGAGCACGUCAACGCGGAGGUGGCGCUGCGCACGAUUCAGAGCUUCCACUCCGCGCUGGAGUGGGCGAAGACGACGUUUUUUUGGAUCCGCCUGCGCAAGUGUCCGCGGCACUACGGGUUGGAGUUCGCAAACAAAUCAGAGGAAGACGAGUUCGACGCAGAGGCCUUCAUGGAAGCAUUGAUGGAGCGGGUUCUGCGUGUGUUGGUGGAGGAGGGGUGCAUCUCUAUUGGCCAGUCAACAAGGACCGUAGGAGAAGUUCGGUCCCCGUUUCCCUCUGAGGUGGAAAAUGCAGCCGAACACGGCGACUCCUCCUUUUCCACCGACAGCGUGCUGGGUGACGUUCGACAACCGGGCGUUGUGUUUGAGCCAACACGGCUCGGCAGGGCCAUGUCACGCAUGUACGUUCUUUUUGACACGGUGUGCGUGCUCAACGCUGAGAUGGAAAAACGAGGUGCAGUAAACUGUAGGGGAGGCCGCGACAGCCAGCAGCAGCAGAAGCAGCCUGCUGGCGACUUUGCCGCAUCAGCGUCGAUUGCCCGAAGCACCGAAGCGGGGGAAGAUGGAGAAGGGGACGACGUGACGGCAGCGGACCUCUCUGAACACAAGGGCUCCGCUCAACCGAAAACUCAAUGGAGGGCCGAUAGCACUGCCGGAUGCACCGGUGCUGCGCCGUUCACGCUGCAGGAAGCGUUGCGACUGCUUUGUCACUGCCAGGAGUUGGUGGCGGUGCGGCUGCGGCAGGGCGAUCGCGGCCCGCUGAACGAAAUCAACCGCGCUGUUCGUUUCCCGCUGCACAGCGGUCGACGUGGUGGUCGUGAGGUUCGUGAGGAGUGGCAUAAGGUCUACCUUCUCAUCCAAGCUAGCGUUGGCCUGCUGCCAAUUACCGAAGUGUCUCUCCGUAACGAUGCAGCGCGGCUGUGGUCGGUGGUGCCGCGCGUGUCCCGCUUUUUGGAAGAGUACGCGUGGGCGCGGACCUCGUCGUACUCCUUGGUCUGCGGUGCAAAUUUGCUUGCCCGCUGUAUGGAGCGCCGGGUGUGGCCGGAUGGACCGGUGCUGCGGCAGCUCCCACACGUAAAUGACGCGGUGGCCAAGUCACUGCUGCGGGGCGGCUGUGGCGGGUUCGAUGCCUUGCGUCGCAUGGACGCCCGUCGGCUGGAGGUGCUGUGCAGUCGCCUGCCACCAUUCGGCAACCAGGUGCUGUCCCAGGUAAGCAGCUUGCCGCAACUCGAGGUGGAGCUGAGCAUCGAUGGGCUCAAUAAAACUGCCGUUUCCACUCUAAAAGGUUCCGUGGGAGAGAACGGUGUCGGCACUGUGCGCGUGUUUUUUUUGCGCUUCCCGCCCAACGGGCUGACCGGCAACUCAGGCAAUUCCCCGCGUUGUGACGCUCCCUCAACAGACCUGCGGGGAGCUGGAAGCGCCGACAUGUCCAAGCGACAGGGGACCAAGUGGGCUCGGACAGAGUCUGCCGUGCGCGGCGGGUGUGUGCUGCUGGUUGUCGGUGCGCUAGCAGCGGAUGUUGUUUUGCUGAAGCGCUUUGUGCCGCUUUCUCCAGCGUCGCCGUCUUCGGUGGGGCAGCAGCAGUGGUGCUCCGGUGGUGCAUCUCGUCAAACUGUGGAGGACGCAGCGGACAGAAUCGAAGUGGCAUCGUUCACGUUUCACUGCCCACUCUUGUUUUUACGCGGCGGUGGGGUGCCGGAUGCGAGGCGCAGAAUCGAGGCGCGCUGCUUUGUGCUGCACAUGGUGGGCUUGGACGUUAUAGCGCAGGUGUGUGGCGAAACGGCCGACGCAGAUGUGCGACUGCCAGUCGUGACCUCCUCCACCACGGUUACGGCGUCCGCAAGUCUGCACACGCCAACGCUGGACCAGUAUUGCGCCGCUAAGCCACCUCUUCAGCGCGAUGCAGACAGUAUGGAUGAGGAAAACAAGAAGAGACAGAUGAAGAGAAACGCUGCCGUAACGACGGAGGAGCUGGCGGCGUCCGCGCAGAUUGUCGCAGAAGCGCGGGACAGCUUUAAAGCCCUUCUCGCUGACAUGACGUACGUUGCGUCAGACGACAAGCGUGUGCAGAAACGGCAGACUAACAGAGAACGGAAACGACCAAGGAGUGAUGCGGGUGGAAACGCAAAGGACCCGGCUGCGGCGGCAAGCGCCAGCAAAUGGAGCGCGCCAACACUGCAAAGCAACAUAGCGUCAGAGAAAGGGGUAUGCUUUAGUAAGGGAGAUGCUGGCACUGAUGCAGCAGCGGGAGCAGUGGCGGAGAAAUCAGUAGCUGAAAAGGAUACAUCAGCUGCAGCAAAUGCAGCGGACACUUGCCCUCCAGAGAGAGGACUAGAGGAGAGGGGCAAAACUCCAUCCGCAUCACCUUUGCGGCAGCCGCGCACAGAGGUGCUACACAGACCCCGACAAAGUCCAGCGCGCAUUGCAAUGCAGCUUCCAACAGAAUCUGAAGCCGGCUGCGUCUUUGACAGCGAAAACGAACAGCAGGCUGGCCAAGCAACUCCCUCUAGACCGUCCUGGUCCAAAGCGCGUGAAAGCGGCGUUGCGGUGCGCCUUCCUCGCUGCACGUCACCUCCCGCAACGCGUCCCGUCAUCCACCACAAUGACUCGCGUCUUUACAACAACAAUCUCGUUCCUGUGGAUGAGUUCGAUCCGCGCUACCAUGCGUCACACGACGUUGACCGCAGGCAGUUUCGUGCUGGCGACGCUGCGAUGUUCCAACGUGGCCCGUCGCACCCUGCAAGUGAGGAGAUGAACUCCUACAUAAUUCCUCGAUGGCAAUGGAGAACCAACGCAGCACCACCGGGGAACCACGCUGUUGGGUACCCGCCAUCAGAAAAUGGGAGACUCACCGUGCGGCCCAACUUUUCUUGUGGUCUCCCUGCAAACUUUUAUGAAGCAGAGCGCUGCUGUGGAAGAGGGUACGAAAACGCUGGUCCUCGGUAUUCAGCGAGCGUAGAACCGCGAGGUUUUACCAGCGGACCUUCCGAAGCAAACGCAUACUUUCCUGGCGUGGAUCCUCAUAUGUGGGGAGUCUCUUCUGUAAUGCCAGCUGGGUGGCCGCCACAUCCAUAUUCACAUGGCAGCGGCGCAGAGUGGCAGUACAGCAACGUGCCGUAUGCGUUGUCCGGCUUUCCAAGUGAGACGCACUUUCCUGGUCCUCACCGGGGAAUGACAGCGCGGCCUCAUUCAGGAUCCGUCAUGCAAAGGCCGCCGCAGCCUGCCUAUAAUGAUUGGACUCAAUCCCACGGCAACGCUCAGUGGUCGACGGUGCACAGACCAAGCACGCCUCCGACGCCACCCCUCUCCUUUCCUCAAACUCAAAACUGGGAGAACACCCUCCCACGCUCCUCGCACGAUCAAACGAAUGCACCGUCUGUCAGGCAUUCGGUUCCACGUCACCAAGGCUUUGCAAGUUACCAACCAUCACAACUCACCCGCCACGUAGAAAGCAAGGUGCGCUCUUUUUCUGCGGCACGAUCGUACCCAAACGAUGUCGCCGUUAUCGCUCCUCCAGGUCUUUCUGCAGCUCACCGUGCGAUGCCCAGGACGCAGCAAACCAUCCGCAACCUGGGCAGAGCGCCGUCUUCGUGGCAAACAGCAGCGCCCUCCGCUGGAAGCGGCACCUUCACAUCCCACGUUCGGCGAUCCGCGAUGGUGUCGCAGUCGUGGUGGCAGUGA